UAGAUAUUUUGAAUCUUUGAUACAAUAAACAGAUAAAUAAUUUUUUUCCCAGAAUCCCCCACUCAAAACCCCACCUAAAUUAUUAUUAUUAUUUUAUCGAAUGUUCUCGAAUUUUUCUCUAUUUCAACCAAUGAAAUAUAAGAAAAAAUCCGUUACUUAUGUUGGGUGGGGUGAUACGUUUAAGUGGGAGUGAAAAAUAUAAAAAGGGCUCAUCUUAUCAUACUUUAACGCAGUUUCACAUUAAAGCUGAGUUGACUUGUCUUCACUCGAGAAAUAAUUUUAAAAAAUAUAAGAAAAUGGACUUUACGAAAAUAAAUGAUGUCAACCAAUUGAAAGGAUUUUUACCAGUUAAAAAAUUCAACGAGUUGGAGAUCAACAUCGAACAUCAAAUCACAACCCUGAAACAAGUUACAACCAAGUUUGGACCGAAGAUUCUAGCUACAAUCAAUGAGGAAUUUUCUGUCUUUCUACCCAAUCGAACGGUGAAAAUGCUAACAUCAGAUCCUAAACAAUUAGAGGAAUUAACCACUGUUGCAUCCAACAAUGAGCUGUUCAUUAUUAGUUUUGGUGGACAGUACAAUCCAUUUGAGUUUCGUCACCAUCAAGCUGAAUAGAAAAAUAAAUGUAUAUAAAAUAAUAAUCACAUAAUAAUAAUUAUACACUAUAAGAUUUGUAUUCGAUAAAAUGUAAAUAAUAGAAGUUAU